AACAUGGCUACUCGAAAGGAGAAUACGGAGAGUGUUGCUGGUGAUACGAUAUCUCGGCUAUAUCCAAAGGUUGACGAAACCGAAACGCCUUUGCCCAGAUCAUGGAGCCCCAAAGAUAAAUGUUCUUUUAUUGGUUUGUCUCAGACAAACUUAAGAGUCCAUUAUAAAGGUAAUGGUAGGAAUCAUAAAGAUGCUGCUGCUGUAAGGGCUACGCAUCCGAUACCGGCAUCCUGUGGGCUCUACUACUUUGAGAUAAAAAUCAUUAGCAAGGGUCGAGACGGGUACAUGGGAAUCGGCCUCUCUUCGCAGGGUGUUCAUUUAAGUAGGCUACCAGGUUGGGAGAAGCAGUCUUAUGGUUACCAUGGGGAUGAUGGGAAUUCUUUCUCUUCUUCUGGUUCGGGUACGCCAUACGGCCCCACGUUCACUACUGGUGAUGUUAUUGGAUGUGGUGUGAACAUGAUUGACAACACAGCUUUUUAUACAAAGAAUGGUCUUAAAUUAGGAAUUGCUUUCACAGAUUUGCCAUUGAAGUUGUACCCCACGGUUGGUCUUCAAACUCCAGGUGAAAUAGUUGAUGCUAAUUUUGGGCAGACCCCUUUUGUCUAUGAUAUUUAUGAAGAGUUUAAGGAAUUGCAAGCGCAAGUGAAUCGUAGCAUAGAAACAUUUUCAAUUAGUGAUAAACAUUUGUGUUGGCAAUCUACCAUGCAAAAAUUAGUAUCAACAUAUCUGAUCCAUCAUGGCUACUCGGCCACAGCCGAGGUGUUUGCCAAAACCACCGGUCAACCUAUUUUAGAAGACCUAUUAUCGAUCAAGAACAGACAAAGAAUCCAGAAGCUGGUACUUGCCGGACGAAUCGGGGAUGCAAUUGAAACAACGCAAAAACUUUAUCCCGGAUUGCUUGAAAGGAAUCCAAACUUAUUAUUCUUGCUUAAAUGUCGGCAGUUUGUCGAAAUGGUCAGUGGUAACGACAGUGAUGUUAGGGGACCUGGUAUCCACAGUCCAACACGUAGCAAUAAAGCCACCCCCUGUUCCAGUCCAACACAUCCUCAUAGUGGUAACAGUGGGAGUGGAAGUAGUUUAAAUUCUCCUUCGCAUUCAAGUAACGGCUUCAUGUCAAAUGGGAUUCAAAAUGGAAUCAACUGUGAUGAAGAGACAUUGAUGGAAAUUGAAGAGGAAAAUGAGACUCGAAUUGUAAGAAAUGGUUCCCAUAAUGGAGACGCCUUGCAGGAAGAAGUAUCUAUCAGUCCUAGACAAGAAACUUUUCAGAAGCGUAUGCCUAGUCUCCUUGGAAAUAGCGAAUUUAUUGAAAAGUUAUUAGCAUUUGGUAAAGAGUUAAAAUUGUUGAGUGUUGAACUUAAGCAAGAAUAUGGGACAAGUGCUUCCAAUAAAAGAGCUAUAGAGGAUGCAUUCAGUCUACUAGCAUAUAAUGAUCCCCACAACAGUCCAAUUUCUUACCUUCUUGAUGCAGCACAAAGAGAACCCGUAUGCGCUGCCUUGAACAGUGCCAUUCUUGAAUCUCAAGAUCAGCCACGGCAACCACAACUAGAACUUUGUCUUGGGCAAACUCUCGAGUGUUUAAAAUUAAUGGCAAGGUCGGGACUUGGUGCAUGCGCAUUUGUCAGUUUAGAUGGUGUGCUUAAGGGGUGAUUACAUAUUUUUGAAAGUUUUUUGUAAAUAUUCAUAUUACAUAUUCUAAUUAUUUUAAACAUAAAUUGUAAUAAAUGGCAUAUGUUGUGGGCUCAUACGUUA